AUGGGCAAUUAUUGUGCAUGCUUGGCUGAAAAGCCUACAGAAGUGAAAACUAUGAAAACUGAUCUGACUAACAGUAAGGCUAAAAUAAUUAAAAUAUGGCGUCUCAGCGCUUCGGGUCGGCUACGCCGACUACCUUCAAGCACAUAUUUUAAUUAUAUCCGGCAAGGUUUUGCCAUUCUGGAGAUAGACAGAAACGCUAGGUAAGCAAUUCUGCGGGUGACAGAGCCUAACUCAAGUUUGAAUUCUGGAAGGAUAUUACCUCGUGGGGAAGAAAGGCAUGGCAGUUGGAAAGAGGAAACUCAGCAAAGCCCUAAGGGCCAAUCGGGUAACUCCCUGUGUGAAACUGGGCAUUAGGUCCCAGGCUGCAUGCUUUUCCUUUUUGCCGAUAGUCGGCCAGAAAAUCCAUUUUUUGGAUUUUCUGUGUAGGCAACUCACGUUGAGAAGACUUACUUGCUUAAAUUAUGGCAAUGCUUGACGCAUAAUCGAAGCCCUUAAAGGCUCUUUUUAAACCAAUCUGCUAUUUUCCGUUGUUGAUCUUGAACCUGCAACUUGUUCAUCUUCAUCUCUUAAAAUCUUCAUGGCUUGUCCUUCAGGAUUGCCAUGUGAUACUUCUUGAGCACUGUCAACAAUGUGCACCAAUCAUCUCUUCCAUCCACUCUGUAGCUGCUUCACACAAGUCUCGUAUUUUGUGCAGUACUCCUCUUUUUCAAUUUCUUGAACUCGACUCAAAUUUAAGUCUGAAUUGUUUAACACUUGACUUUUUUCUAAUUUUUCAGUUUUUCCUGCAAUAAUUCGUUUGGAAGCUCUCUUUUCUAUAGUUCUUUUGAUUUUUUUUGGCAUUUCUGUGCUCCUUGGCUUAUCUGAGUUUUCUGAGUUUUCUGGGCAUACUGGGUUUUCUGAUCAUUCUGAAUUUUCUGAGUUUUCUGGAUUUUCUGGGUUUUCUGAAUUUUCUGAGUUUUCUGAGUUUUCUGUACUUUCUUGGUUUCCUGCGCUUUCUGGUCCUUUUGAGUUUUCAGGGAUUUCUGAGUUUUCGGAGUCUUCUAGACUUUCUGAUUCUCAGAGUUUUUCUAGUUGCUCUCAGUCCUCCAGACCUAUUUUGCUUGCUUGAGCUUCCUUUUCUGAAACCACUUUCCUUUGCCUAUCAUUCAGAUCGUAAGAUAUCGCUUUGACUGAAUGUAUGGCCAAAAUUAGCUCUCCCUCAUCCACGACAUCUCCAUCUUGCUUCUCUAUUUAGACCUUGAUUUUCUUCAUCAGCUCUUUUUCUCGAUCUUCUUCAUCAAUUUCAUUCUCGCCCUCCUCCACAUCUGAUUCCCCAUCCAGUUCAUCUUCCAUCAGAGUAAUUUUAUUACAGCUAUCCAGCAUCAGCUCAAGUGCGUGUUCAAAAUUCCUCCCACAUACUUCCAGUGCUUUUCCUGCUUCGUCUUUUCUGUAGCCUAAAUCUAUAUCAUCAAGUCCGCUUAAUCCAUCUUCAUCUGAGUCUGAAUUAUAAUAAAGUCAACUGUCGUCAGCUAUUUCUAAUGGGUUUUUCUCAUCAGUGCACAAUCUCCGCUGAAUCCUGGAGCAGCUUUCGAUGUGUAUUCCCUACUUGAAAACGCUGCCAUUGAAAAAAAUAAAAAAAUUCACGUUGAGAAGACAGUAACUCAUCCAUGAGUCGUCAAAGCCGGCAACACUUGCUCUAAGGUGCACCCUGGUGAAACAAAGCAAGUCGCCCCAGAGGCUUGUGGGCCCGAUGCGUCGAAGAGUGAGGGGAAGAUCUGGGGACCGUCAACCCCGUUGUGGACGUAAAACGUUAUAAGCAUUAAGUAAGUAACAGUAAGGCUAAAACUGAAGCAGAAAGCGAAGAUUUUGAAAUGGUUAUCAGCAAUAUUACUAUAACUCCGACUCCCAAAGAUAUAGGCCGAUAUCUCUUAAAAACAGCUGCAAAAGGCUAUAUGGAGAAAAAAGAUCUAAUAGAGGAGGAAGAUGAGGAUUUCCCUUUUGAAAACUUUAAAGAGCCAAUAUCAAAGCUUCUCUCAUCAAAUGUACAAUAUAUUGAAAUGGCUUGAUAAAGUUUGCUUAAAGAAAAUAACUUUUAGCUGUAAAUUAUAUUAGUAUUUAUAAUAAAAUACAUGUAAUAGCUAUAAAAGGCUUUUAUCCUUAUAAAUUAUUAAUAGCCAUUGAAAAUAGAUAUGGAGAAUUUGCUUUCCCUGAUAUAAAAAUAGACUCAAACGACGUUGAAUACAAAAGUGCAGUAAUUCUUGAAGACGGUUCAGUUUAUGAAGGUGAAUGAGAUUUAAAAACUCUAAAACCUCACGGAAAAGGCAUUUUAAUUGACAAAAAUGGCACAAAAUAUGUCGGAUUUUUCAGACAAGGCAAAAAAGACCAGUAUGGGAGAACUAUUUGCAGUGACGGCAAAAUGUACGAAGGCAAGUUCAAACAUGGGAAGCCUAUAGGCAAAGGUUUACUAGUAAAUGAAAAUGGAGAAGAAUUCAAAGGAAAAUGCGACUCAGGCUUCCCAAACGGAAAAGGGAUUUUUAAAUAUUCUAAUGGAGAUGUCGUAGAUGGAGAAUUUACUAAUGGCAGAAUCCAUGGAUACGCAAAAUUAACAAAAUCUGAUGGAAGCUUCUAUGAAGGGGAAUUCAAAGAUAAUCACAUUGAAAGAAAAGGGUUUUAUAAAUGAAGCAAUGGAAAUCAAUAUAACGGGGAAUGAAUUAAUGGCAAAAUGACUGGGUUUGGAGAAUUUAAAUUUAAUGAUGGAAAAAGAUAUGUCGGAGAAUUUUAUAGAGAUAUUAGGAAUGGAUAUGGAGAAUUUUUUUGGCCUGACGGGAGGAUAUAUAAAGGGAAUUGGGUUAAUGGGAAACAAGAUGGAAUUGGAGAAUUUACGUUUACUGAUGUAAAAACUAAGCUCGAUAAAACAAUGAAAGGGGAGUGGGUUAAAGGAAAAAGAGUUAAGUGGCUAUAG